CUGCGCGCAUGCCCACUUUCUUUGACCGUCAGUACACAUGCGCGAUCAGUGUCAACCGGCGUUGCGGUCGCUUUCAUCGUUUAUAACCUCAAUUUAACAAAAUAUACUGGAAUUUUGUGUAGUUUCCGUGCAAAAUGGCUCAAAUGGACGCUUUAAGCAAAAUCGGUAUCAUCGGUUUGGUGUUGCUUGCGAUAUGGCUAGUGAAGUUCUUGUUUAAUGUGAUUUUCACCUAUGUUAUUGGUCCAGCAGUGAAUAAAGUGGACUUUAAAUCGAAAGGGAAAUGGGCACUGGUCACCGGCUGCACAGACGGCAUCGGCAAACAGUACGCGAGAGAGUUGGCUGCCCGCGGUUGUGAUAUUGUUCUAGUCAGUCGAUCUAUCGACAAGCUGAGGGCGACUGCUGAAGAAUUAGAGAAAGACUACAAGGUGUCAACAAAGGUGAUCCAAGCGGACUUCUGCGAGGGCGAUGAGAUAUACACGAACAUCGCUAAGGAGAUCACGGAUCUGGAAAUCGGCACCCUGGUGAACAAUGUCGGCAUUUCCUACUCGUAUCCUGAGUACUUCUUGGACGUGCCUGAUUGGGAGAAUAUGAUGUCCAACCUCAUCAAAGCCAACGUAGCCUCGGUGACCAAAGUCACCGGUCUCGUUCUGCCCGGCAUGGUGAAACGGGGCAAGGGUGUCGUCAUCAACAUCGGGUCCGCCUCCUCCAUCAUUCCCAGCCCGUUGCUGACAGUUUACGCGGCGUCUAAGGCUUACGUGGACAAAUUCACCGAGGGCCUCGACAUGGAGUACAGGAAAAAGGGCAUUAUCUCCCAAUGCGUAAUGCCCGGUUUCGUGUGCACGAACAUGUCCGGGAUCCGCAGGAGCACCUUCUUCGCGCCUACCGCUAAGACUUUUGUGAAGUCCGCCUUGAGUCUAGUUGGCACUGUAUCUAGAACGACCGGGUACCUGCCCCAUGCUAUAUUCACGAAUGUGCUUAACUUCAUCAAUGAAGUUAGCGGGAACUUCGGCGUGUGGCUGGUCACCAGGUCCAUGGAGAAUAGCCGCGCUCGGGCACUGAAAAAGAAAGGGAAACUGGAAGCCUGAUUUUUCGCGUUUUUAUUGCAAAUAUAUUUAUAAGAUAUUAGGUAUUUAAAGUUAAGAGAUUGGUUGGUUGACUGUUAUUUUUUGUUAUAUUUUUUUGUUAGUUGAAUAGCCAUAAAUAUG